UGCAACACUAAAUAAAGAUUCUCCCGAGCCUUAGCACGGCGGUUCUGUGACAAAUAAGAAGACUAGAGGCAACUUUGGCUGCCAAAGCUGCGAGAUUGGUGAGGUUGAGCCGCUUGUUUGGUUCCCCGGAGGGACCAGCAAAGUUAAAUACUCCUGGAAAAGCCGAGUUGGGCCCAGCAGGUGUGGAGCUGCGCAAAUGAGAAGCAGGUGCCACCAUGUUCCUGAAUAAGUGCGAGGGGGACCUGGGUGAGCUGCGGAAGCCAGGGGACGGCGAGGGCACCCCACCGGCUGCCACUGAGGAGGAGCAGCCCAAGAAGAAGCACCGGCGGAACCGCACCACCUUCACCACGUAUCAGCUGCACGAGCUGGAGCGUGCCUUCGAGAAGUCCCACUACCCCGACGUGUACAGCCGCGAGGAGCUGGCCAUGAAGGUCAACCUGCCGGAGGUCCGCGUGCAGGUCUGGUUCCAGAACCGACGAGCCAAGUGGAGGAGGCAGGAGAAGAUGGAGGCCAGUUCCAUGAAGCUCCACGAUACCCCCGUGCUCUCCUUCAACCGGCCCCCCAUGACCCCCAACGUGGGGCCCAUGAGCAACUCCCUCCCACUCGACCCAUGGCUGACGUCCCCCAUCUCCAGUGCCACCACGGUCCACAGCAUCCCCGGCUUCAUGGGAGCCCCCCAGGCCCUGCAGCCCCCCUAUGCCGGGCACUCCUUCCUCAACACCCCGCCGCCCAUGGCGCAGGGCAUGCAGCCCAUGGCUCCCGCGCCCUACCAGUGCAGCACCCCCUUUGUGGACAAGUACCCGCUGGAGGAGGUGGACCAGAGGAGCUCCAGCAUCGCCUCGCUCCGCAUGAAAGCCAAGGAGCACAUUCAGACCAUUGACAAGACCUGGCAGCCCAUUUGAUGAACGCUCCCCUCCGAGCUCCC